GGAGCCCUCGGAUCAUCCGUCUCCGUGCAAACUGCCGGGGGUGGGGGCGCGGCGGGAAGAGGGCGAAACGGGAGUCGGGCAAGGGAAGGAGCCAGGAAGCCGCGCGGGAGGGCGCGCACGCGCGCGCCCCUUUUUCAGCAGUGUGGCGGGGUCGCACGCUCGCCCGCCUCGGCGGCUGGGCGCGAUUUGCGACACUGGGGGGAGCGGCGGAGGUGGCGGCGGCAGCGGCAGCUUUGCGGCAAGCUCCGGACGGGCUUGCUUGACGGCGGUGUGGCGGAGGCCCCGCCCGAGGCGGCAGGAACCUGGGGGGAGGCGGCGGAAUAUGUCCGAGAGGGAAGUGUCGACAGCGCCGGCGGGAACAGACAUGCCUGCGGCCAAGAAGCAGAAGCUGAGCAGCGACGAGAACAGCAACCCCGAUCUCUCUGGAGACGAAAAUGACGAUGCCAUCAGUAUAGAAAGUGGCACAAACACUGAGCGCCCUGAUACACCUACAAAUACACCAAAUGCACCUGGAAGGAAAAGUUGGGGAAAGGGAAAAUGGAAGUCAAAAAAAUGCAAAUAUUCUUUCAAAUGUGUGAAUAGUCUCAAGGAAGAUCAUAACCAACCAUUGUUUGGAGUUCAGUUUAACUGGCACAGUAAAGAAGGAGAUCCAUUAGUGUUCGCAACUGUGGGAAGCAACAGAGUUACCUUGUAUGAAUGUCACUCACAAGGAGAAAUCCGGUUGUUGCAAUCUUAUGUGGAUGCUGAUGCCGAUGAAAACUUUUAUACAUGUGCGUGGACCUAUGAUAGUAAUACAAGUCAUCCUUUGCUGGCUGUUGCUGGAUCUAGAGGCAUAAUCAGAAUAAUUAAUCCUAUAACAAUGCAGUGUAUAAAGCAUUAUGUUGGCCAUGGAAAUGCUAUAAAUGAGCUGAAAUUCCAUCCAAGAGAUCCAAAUCUUCUCUUAUCAGUAAGUAAAGAUCAUGCUUUACGAUUAUGGAAUAUCCAAACGGACACUCUUGUCGCAAUAUUUGGAGGCGUAGAAGGGCACAGAGAUGAAGUUCUAAGUGCUGAUUAUGAUCUUUUGGGUGAAAAAAUAAUGUCCUGUGGUAUGGAUCACUCUCUUAAACUUUGGAGGAUCAAUUCAAAGAGAAUGAUGAAUGCAAUUAAAGAAUCUUAUGAUUAUAAUCCAAAUAAAACUAACAGGCCUUUUAUUUCACAGAAAAUCCACUUUCCUGACUUUUCUACCAGAGACAUACAUAGGAAUUACGUUGACUGCGUGAGAUGGUUGGGUGAUUUGAUACUUUCCAAGUCUUGUGAAAAUGCCAUUGUAUGCUGGAAACCUGGCAAAAUGGAAGAUGAUAUAGAUAAAAUUAAACCUAGUGAGUCUAAUGUGACUAUUCUUGGGCGAUUUGAUUACAGCCAGUGUGACAUUUGGUACAUGAGGUUUUCUAUGGAUUUCUGGCAAAAGAUGCUUGCAUUGGGCAAUCAGGUUGGCAAACUUUAUGUUUGGGACUUAGAAGUAGAAGAUCCUCAUAAAGCCAAAUGUACAACACUGACUCAUCAUAAAUGUGGUGCUGCUAUUCGACAAACCAGUUUUAGCAGGGAUAGCAGUAUUCUUAUAGCUGUUUGUGAUGAUGCCAGUAUUUGGCGCUGGGAUCGACUUCGAUGAAAUUCUUUCCUAAUCAAAAUUAGAUUGUGUUUGCCUUUGUAAACUAGAAUUAAUGUAUCUUGCUAGUAAGGGCACAUAGAGCAUUUAGAGUUGUAUUUCAGCAUUCAAUCAGGCUGAGCUGAAUGUAGUGAUGUUUACAUUGUUUACAUUCUUUGUACUGUCUUCCUGCUCAGACUCUACUGCUUUUAAUAAAAAAUUUAUUUUUGUAAA